GUCGACCAAGCGUUCGUACACACGUUGCAAUAAAUAUUUUCCCUGCACAUCAAAAUCGUGGCUUCGACAAUGGGAAUACACGCUUCAAAAGGGAUGGCUUCAGCCUCUAAAAGCCGAGGAACGGGUAGGGUUACCGCAGAAGGAUCACCGGUAACGGAAGGCCAAGUCCAACGCGACGUUGGCGUAAGUGAUGGGGCGAGCCCAGAAGAAACACGCGUGAAGCGGGCGGUAGAGAAGGAAGCGGUUGGAGGGCAAGGAACCGCGGCGGUAAACACCGCUUCACCGCAGGAAUCACCAGAUGAACUUAAUGAUGACGAACAUCGGCUUCCGAAUAUUAGGAAUAUUUUUGUACAGUACGUCACCGACAAACCCUACGCCGUCACUUACUUUGGAGCUCGCCUUCACUCUCAUGAUUGUCGUCACGUGAUCAGGGAUAUCGAUGGCUCCGGAUUGGCAUAUGAGGUCGGACUAAGAAAUCAUGAUGAAUUGUUGAGUAUCAACAACAUUGAGACUGACUUGACCAAUACAAUCCAGUUAGCAGUCCUAGAGUGUUUGGCAGAUAUCGGUACUCGUAUUGGAUUGGUUAUCAAACGGAAAGAGGGCCAAGACGAGCAGAAGUGGUUAUAUGCUUUCCAUCUCAACGAAAAAGAUGGACGACCGAAUGUGGAAACCAUUUCAAGGCAUCUGUUGGACAGCGGAAGUGAGGACAAUUCUUUCAUUGAAUUACUUCCGGUCGAGACUGCAUUUGACGUGACACCGACCUAUCAAUACAGAAGGUCGGCACAAGUUGAACUCAUUGAAAGGAGACUGGAUCGAUUCACAGAGAUCGGUAGAACACGGGCAACGUACGUUUCGACCAGCCAAAACGUGACCCUGAACUACUACCAGGUUGUAGGUGGAGGAAACCCUCCUGGAAAUCCAAUCGCCAUCUCCCAACCCGUGUCAUCCAGCAGACCGAUGUGCAUUGAGGGUGUCAUCGCGGGCCCCCUUGAUGUGGUAGCGUUUCCUCGUUGGAUGAGAGAUCCCCGUACGCAGAUACCACAGAAUAACAUGUUCUUUUUCGUGACAUUGCGUCCUACCGGUUCAACCGUCAUCAAGGCAGCCAACACUAACGACGAUCUCUACAUGACGACUGAGAACAUGAACAGGGAAUGGAUUGCUAGUCUUGGUCGAACAGCCUCCGAGUUUCGAAUCGUACCUCAAGGCGGUUCUGCGUGUAAAUCCACCGAAGAAACCCCCACCCUCGUGAUGUAAAAAAAGAGGAUAAUAACGCGCUCUACAGAUUUUUAUAAAUCACCUUUUAUUCAUAAAAAAGGGGAAACAAUUACAAUAAUGGGCCCAGGUUAUCAGUUCUAAACGAACGUAAUACAGGGCAAUGUACCAUACAGAAAUAUCGGAAUUGAAUCAAUAUUCAUUAAUAAUAGCAGGGCCCGCUGGGAGAACAGUUUUCGGAACUGAAGCGGCUACCCUGGGUAAAUAUACCGCUAUUAUUAUUAUUAUUAUUAUUCAUGAGACAUGUGUUAACACGAGCAGCACAUGUUUGACAUCACUGUAUUUGAUUUAUGACUGCAUAUAUAUACAUAUAUAUCAUCACACUAUAUAUAUAUAGAUAUAAUUGUAUUUAUCAUAUACUCUGUAAAAUGCUCUGUUUAAAUUUGAACUAGAAAAUCAGCACUCGUAGUGCAGUCACUACACAAGCACUUUAAGUGCUAAAAUAUCACUUCAUUUUUUACAGUGUCUGUGUAACAAUUGCGCUCAGUAACUUUCGCAGAGCCGCACUAUUUUUUACGAUCACCCAUUAAACAACACGGGCACGCGAGUCUAUUGCCGUUCUGGUGCUAAUAAAAGCAGCUUCAAAAUAGCCCGGGUCCUGGCGCGGGCUAUUUUUAGCUCGGGCCAUUCAUAAACUCAUUUUUUUAACGACUUAAGUAGCCCGAGAGGCCGAGACUGGACUGCGGAUCAGCGAGUUACUGAAAGAGGUAUGAUAUGGGCGAUACUACAGUUUCAUUUCGGCAAUGAAUGAAGUGUCUAUCAUGUUCUUAUUUUUUCCAAGUAUAGUCAGUGAAAAGGAAUAAAUAGCAAGAACAAGGAAGACAAUCAUUGAGAUUAACGAGGUUUAAUAGGAAGAACAUUCUGGAAGAAAUUACAGAGAAUAGUCAUUUCCAUUAUUUGCUAUCCACUUAUCUUAUCAAUCAAAACAUGAUAAUAAUAAGGUGAAAAAUAAUAAGUUCGAAGGUGAUUGUAUUUGGUUUUGGUGGACUUCUAGGCAUUUUGGUAAUUCAAAAAUCAUUCAGUAUUUAUUUACUCGUUCCAUUAUAUUGUAACAUUUUUUUAAAUUCCUGUGACAAUGUUUCUUUCGAAAUAUUCAACCUAAUGAGCAGAGCUUCAUUAUUGAAGAGGAAACAAAAUUGCUCAUGAACAGAUGUUUUUUUAAAAUGAAAUGAUUGAUUAUUGUAAAUUAAAACAAUUAUUUGUAAUCGUGUUUCUGUUUCUGUUUCUGUUUGUGGUAACUCCCGUAGGAACUCGGCAGGACAGCAUUUUUUGCUGGUAAACGCCAAGCUGGUAUACAACCAAUUACCUUGGAAACAUUUUACGUCUAGGUUAAUCAGUCAUAGUGGCUGACGUAAUAGACGACAGAUAUCACUCUUGGGCCUUUUUAUCAAAGUGGAGACAAUGGCAGAGUCGGGAUUCGAACUCACAACCUUGCAAUUAUGAGUCCAAUGCUCUAACCACUGGACCACACGACCCGUGGUUAUGUUCUCGUCUUUAGUCUGAAUUAUACACAGUAUUAUUAUAACCACUUAUUUGAAUUUAUGAUUUGCCCUUGAUUAUGGCUCUGCAUGUGAUAUUUUGGUAAAUAGUUUUAUGAAAAAGUUGAGCAGAUUUUUUUUUUUUUUUUGUCCUCAUCAGAGGUAUUUAUUACAUUAAAAUCAAUAAUCAAACACAUACAAUAUAUACAAUUAGUUUCAUAUUUCACAACCUUUUGAUUUCAAUAUACUGUUUUUCUGAUAUUUUUAUCAUGUUACUCUUUUACAUUGAAAUCAAUAAACAAACACAAACAAUAUAUACAAUUAGUUUCACAUUUCACAGGCUUUUGAUUUCGUUGUACUGUUUUUCUGUUAGUUUUAUCUUAUUACUCUUUUCAAGAAAUCUUAAAUUAAUGACUAAUUCUCUCUUGAAAUCUGACAACAUAGAAAAAUAGCUGAAUUUUUUUGAAGUGAACUGAGCCAACAUAUAGACUCUAUAAAUCGUAUAUUGUGCGAAAACCAAAAUUACAUUAAGAAAAGCCAUGUUUUCAUUUUCAACAUCGUGGCCAAUCAAUAAUGUUUUCUCAUUAAUCUGAAUAUUCACAUUAAACUGGAUCUUAAUGAAAUACCGUAGUUUUUGCCAAAAUAAAUUCACAUGUGGACAAUGCAACAAAACAUGAUCUAGAGUUUCAAUUUGUUUACAAUGGUUACAAGUCAUGUCUGAUGUGAUAUUCCAUCGAACUAAAUUCUCUUUAUACGGCAAAAUCCGAUGCAGCAAUUUGAAAUUAUAUUGUUUAACUCUGUUAUUAAAUAAUUUUCCAAAAAAAAAAAAAAAAAGUUGAGCAGAUUGGUGCGGUGACAUUAAUUUUAUUUAAAGGAGAAUGAAACUCUUGGAGCAAGUUAGCUUUUGUGAAAGCAGAAAAAUCAAAGAAUAAGAUCAACAACAGUUUGAGUAAAAUAGGACUAGCAAUAGAAGAGUUAUGAGCAUUUGAAUGUCGAGAUCACUAAUGCUAUGGAGAUCCUCCCAUUGGCAAUGCGACCAAGAUCUAUGAUGUCACAGAUGAACAACUCUCCCCUUUUGGACACUGAAAAUAUACCCCAAAACAUCUCUUUUUGCUCAUUCUAAUCAUAUGACAAACGAUUCAUCAAUGAUAUAAUGUUGUGAAACCUCUGUACUUGUCCUCUCAUAUUAAAAGAGAACACCUCAACUUGUGAUAGACUCUAUAAAAGUGAGAAUAUAAGUGAAAUAAGUACUAAAGUAGUGAGGAAGUUGUACGUGUGUGACAUCACAGAUCUUGGUCGCAUUGCCAAU